CCUAAUCCUAAUCCUUUCUCGCUAUAUAUACGUACACUAGUUGCUUAAACCGACCACAACAUAAAUCUUAAUCUUAGCUAAGCUAGCUUGUCUUAGCUGAUCUAUCUAUCCUCCAAACAACGCACGUACGUACGUUAUUCCAAUAUGACACUGAUGAUGAUGAAGAGAAGUCGAAAGGAAGUUGCCGCGGACGCGGAGGUGCUCGCCAUGGCCAACUGUCUCAAUCUUCUCUCCCGUUCCGGAGCCGCCGUUAACGCGGCGGCUCCAUCGGAAUUCGGGUGCAAGACCUGCAAAAAGAGGUUCCAGUCGUUCCAGGCUCUGGGCGGCCACAUGGCGAGCCACAAGAGGAUCAAGACCGCGAAAAGGGAAGAGAGCGAGAGAAAAGGACAUGAGUGUGUUGUUUGUGGUUUGGUGUUUGGCUUGGGUCAGGCGUUGGGCGGUCACAUGAGAAAACAUCGCACCGACCUUUUACAGGUUGCCAAAAUAUCCAAAAGGGAUGAAAAAGAAGAAUACAUGGAUGGGGUUGGGGUUUUGUUUGAUUUGAAUUUGAUUCCUCAGCGAGAUUCGAUGUUGGCAGACGAGGAAGCUGCUGAUUUUCCCAGGACAACGUUGAAUUUGUUCAUAUAGCUAGUUUUGUUUAUGGCCUCGUACAUUCUAUAUAUGUGUCUGUAAUAUAUUUCUUGAUAUUUAGCUGUAAAUUAUAGAAGUUGUAAAUUAUUUGUUUCCCAGCGUCAAACCAUAUAUAUAUCUAUAUACAAAGUAGAGAGGAAAAUUUGACAAUUUUCCCGCUAAAAAAUGUCAAAUAAUGGUCAAAGUCAAUCCAACCCAACCCAAUUAAUGGUGUAUUGUACCGCAAAAUUCAAAAGUUAAUACAUGGUUGUGGGUUGUGUAGUACCCAACGGUUGCACC